AUUGGAAUAAAAAACGUGGAGGAUUGUGUUGAUAUUGAAUAAGUCUGAAAUAUAACAAUUUAUUUAAAUAUAAAGCAACAUGGUGAGCCAUAAAAAGAAAUUACGGUCUGAGAAGGCGAAAGUAAAAUUAAAGGCUACUAAAUUGCCGAAAGGUCUAAAUGUCACUAAAACAGAAUUCAAGGUCCGAAAAAUCACGAUAAGGGAACAGUUGAAGGAGUCACAAUUCGCGGACGGAGAACGUCAAUUGAACUUAAAAGAAACUAUUUCACGCUUAAAGCACCACAGUUCCAAUAUGCGCGCUGAUUCGCUUCGAAAUCUCCGCGAGGCCAUCACUGCCGGUCGUGUCAAUCUAACUGGUUAUAUGCACAGCCUAUUGCAAAGUGUUUCCGCAAUAUCGUUGGAUAUAGAUAGGGAGACACGAAGAGAUUCAUUCAAGGCGUUGAAAUGUCUUUUAACAGCUUUAAAAACUGAUGAAGUUGUGCCUUUCUUCCAUAUAAUUUCGUCUUAUUUACGAUGUGCUAUGACACACAUUCAACCAGCAAUACAAGAAGAUUCACUGCUCAUGCUGGAUGUUCUUAUGGAACAUGUGCCACAGUUAGUAGUAACGCAUAGUGUGAAGAUUAUACGAAACUUCCUUGAAAUGAUUUCAAGAGCGCGUAAAGAAGGUGAUCACACCAGUCGAACCCUUACUGUUCGUUUAGGUGAAAAGCAAACUACAAUAAAGUGGCGGACUAAAGUUUUGGAACGCUUACGUCAAAUGCUCGCUACUUUAGUUGAAAACAAACGUGCAAAUAAUACUGGGAGAAUUGUAAAUAGCUUCACAAAAAAUGUCACAUUUAAUCCAAAUACUCCACAGCAUUACAAUGUAAAGAGAAAAUACCUUACUCCAGCGAACAAAAUCGAUUUGCUAGCAGCGUUGAGACCAUCACUAGGCGUUAAAAGUGCAGACCCCAUAGAAGGAAGCGAAGAAGAAAGACUUCGAGAAUACAUCAUCCAUCUUCUACCUUUACUGGUGGAAUCGUGGAUUGAAGUGCGACCGCAGAACCAAAAAAUGUCAACAACAUUGACAAGUGAAGCAGCACAAACAUUGAAAGUUGCGUUAGAAAUUCUGCAAAAUAUCUGGAUGCUAAUUGAGUUGCAUGAGGAGAACGAAAACAUUCACCAACUAAGCGUUUGGUUUCAACAGCAAUAUGCGGAAACUUUUGCUGGCAGUUUUUUAACGGAUAGUUUUCCUUACCAACAAAUUGAAACUGAUCCUGAGAUGAAUAAGAAAUCUUACAAGAAACAUUUGAAAUUGUUAAGUGCUAACGGUGGACAGUUAUGCUUGGAACAAAAUAUAUGUUUGGCAUACCUAAUGUGCCAAUUUUACAAAUCACAUAGUUCAAUUCAAACUCAAGUUGAAAGAUUUACUACACUGUUCAAAUAUCUUGAAGAAGUAGUUUCCAAUCUUUCGGCGCAUCCUUUACAAAAUCACCACGCUUUGAUAAAAGCUUUGCGUAUCAGCUUAUUUGAGAACGAUAUUAAAUUUUUGCAAUUGCAUAAAGAUCUAAUGCUACCAUUACUAAACAGCACCAUGGAAGCCUUUCUGCGAAAUAAUUUUCCUACUAAAACCAAUUCAGAAACAGAAGUACUCACACUUAUUUGUGAAAUUGUGCAAACACCACAGCUGAGACAACAUUAUGGGGAGGAUACGUUCGUUCGCUUUUUAGAAUAUUUGCCACAACUUUUAUUGAAACAAAGUGUCCAAGUGUCAACUAUUAUUGCUAUGUCAACUUUAGCCAAGCAAAAAAAUUCAACAUUUCUACGUGCGUUGGAAAGUAAAAUUGAGGCCGUUAUUGAAAACUUACAGAAAAUACAAGUGUCUGGAGCACCAAACGCAUUUGAGGGGAAAAAGCAUAUCAUGAACUUAUUUUACUGGAUCGAAAGAAAAUUUGCUUCAGAAUACAAAAAACUUUUGCAUCAAAAUAUCGACAAGCAUAUUACUGACAAAAGAAUUGUGAACUAUUUCAAAUACAUAUUAUCCGAAUAAAGUACACAGCAAAGACCCAAAUAUUGUUAAAUGAUAAGCGCCCUAAAGUUUAAAUUAAGCAUGAUUAAAGAUCCGGUAUAGUAGUAUUGUUAUUUACUAUUUGCAUGAAUAAACAAAUUUAUAUUAAAAUGA